GCGAGGCACCAUCCUCGAUACCCUUUCCCCUUUCCCUCUCUCGUUGCAAGAUUUCCUUAUAACUCGUAAUGUUUUUACAUUUUAAAUUCAGUGCCUUUAAGUCGCUUUUUCCUUAGUUUUCUUAGUUACGUUAUAUUCCGCGUCUAAGUGGCAUGAUGUUCACGUCCACCGGUUCGUGGGGAUUAUAUAAAGCACCCCUGUCGAAGAGCUUACUUCUGCUUCCUACAGUCCUCACUGUGCUGCUGACUGUGCUUCUGCCUCAGUACCAGGAUCUGUUCAUAUACAACAUCCAGGCCAUCAGGCAGGGCAAGCAGUUCUGGAGGCUGGUGAGUGGACGACUUUUCUGUCUGGACCUGAAAGACACUUUCUGCAGCAGUCUGCUUAUUUACAAUUUCCGCAUAUUUGAGAGAAGGUUUGGCAGCCACAAAUUUGCU